CAGCCUCCUCAGGGACAGCCUCUCCUGCCUGCUCUGUACCUGACUCACUACCCUCCAGCCGAAAUGUCCUGCCAGCAGAGCCAGCAGCAGUGCCAGCCCCCACCCAAGUGCCCCUCACCCAAGUGUCCCCCGAAGAGCCCAGCACAGUGUCUGCCCCCAGCCACCUCCUGCUGUGCUCCAAGCCCUGGGGCCUGCCCCACCCCCAGCUCUGAGGGUGGCUGCUGCCUGAGCCAUCACAGGUGCCAUGGCAGGUCCCACCGAUGCCGGCCCCAGAGCUCUGACUCCUGUGAUGGGGGCAGUGGUCAGCAGGGUGGGGGCUGCUGCUGACCUGCAUCCUGAUUCUGGGAGAAGCAACUUUAGAGGAACCACAUCCAAGGGCCAUCCCCAGCCUGCCUGGCUCCCUCUUCAUACUUGAAUCUCUGUCCUUUGGCCGGUGCUGAGGUGUCCACUGAGAGAGCUCUGAACUCCCCGGGGGCUCUGGCUAUCCAUUCUCUAAUCCACAAAGUGUCCCCCCUAGCAUCUCCUGGGACAGGCAAUGUGUGCCCACCAAUUGUCAUUGCCUGUUUCUGACCCUACAAAGAAAUAAAGCUUUGUUCUCUCA